AUGGCCAGCCCCAACGUCAGCGCAAUUCCCUUUGCAGAACCCAGCUACCUUCGAGGUCUGCCCUCGCCUUAUUUUCGAGAAACGCACUUGAACUUCCAGAAGAGAUGUCGUGCCUUUUUGGAGAAGCAUUUCCUACCGUACGCACUUGAAUGGGAGACCGCGGGGACGGUGCCGGAGCAUGUCUGGACCACGUUCAACCAACACAACAUGCUGCUUCCUAACUUAAACUCGCCUUUGCCAGUGAAGUGGCUGAAACGCCUCGGCAUCAACGACAUACUCGGUGUCUCUGUCGAAGAAUGGGAUUAUCUUCAUACAGCCAUCUGGGUUGACGAAAGAGCCCGGACAGGUAUUUCGGGGCCGGGGUCCAGUCUCUCUCCGGGAUUCGCAUACGCCAUUCCUCCCAUUCUCAAUUUCGGCUCUCAGGCCCUCCAAGAAAAAUUCCUCCCUGAAUUACUCCCGGGUCAUGCCCGAGCAUGUAUUGCGAUUACGGAACCUCAAGCCGGGUCCGAUGUCGCAAACAUUCAGACGACGGCGAUCAAAUCAGCCGACGGAAAAUAUUUCAUUAUCAAUGGUGAGAAAAAAUGGAUCACGAAUGCCAUCUGGUCCGACUAUGCGACUAUGGCUGUCAGGACCGGUGGACCCGGGCCAUCGGGUAUCAGCCUGGUUGUCGUCCCCUUGAAAAAUAGCCCAGGGGUCACCAUGCGACGGCUACAAGUCAGUGGCCAACAAGCUGGCGGCACUACGUAUAUCAUCUUGGAUGACGUGAAAGUUCCAGUCGAGAAUCUGGUCGGUAAAGAAGGUGAAGGGAUGAAGUACAUUAUGACCAAUUUCAACCAUGAGCGUCUGUUGAUUGCUAUGGGCGUCACCCGACAAGCCCGUGUGGCCCUUUCUACCGCCGUGGAAUACGCCAUGAAGCGAGAAGCCUUUGGCAAGACAUUAAUGGACCAGCCUGUGGUCCGACAUCGACUUGCCAAGGCCGGAGCUGACCUUGAAACGCUGCAAUCUUGGAUUUAUGAAUUUGUCUACCAGUUGAACCAUAUGACAAAGAAAGAAGCAGAUGUGAAGCUAGGUGGACCAACAGCACUUUUGAAAGCGAAAGCGGGAAUGGUGUUCAACGAGUGCGCUCAAACAGCCGUUCUGAUAUUUGGUGGAAAUGGAUAUACCCGAACUGGUCAAGGCGAACUGGUCGAGAAGAUCUAUCGGGAUGUCAUGGGGGCUCGUAUUCCUGGAGGGAGCGAGGAUGUGAUGUUGGAUUUAUCAAUUCGACAAUUGGUCAAGAACUACAAGAAAGGACUCGGUAAAACGGUCAAUAAACUUUGA